AGCUCCGGUUUAUCGACGAUUCCACGGCUUCCGGAUUCUUACGUGAGAAGUUCUAAAACUUUUUAAAAAAUGGCUUUUUCAAGUCUUUCAACAUCGGGACUUCCAUUACUUCCCCAUUUUCAAAAACCAAAGCUUUCAUUUUUCACUUCAAAUCUCCAAACCCCAUUUGAACCAUUUCCUCAAUUGUCGACUUUAAACCCUAGACAUCAUCAGAAAAUGUCAACAAUGAAAGCACAAGCAUCAGUUACUGAUCUUGGAAUUGUCGAAAGAGCAAUACAAUUGGUUCAAUCUUCACCACCCACGUGGAAAUCUGCUUUGCUGAGUAAUAUCAUCAUCUUUACUGUGGGUUCUCCACUUUUAGUCUCUGGUUUGUCACUUUCUGGUAUUGGGGCUGCUUUCUUGCUUGGUACUCUUACUUGGAGAGCUUUUGGGUCUUCUGGGUUUCUUCUUGUUGCUACAUAUUUUGUUAUUGGCACCGCUGUGACUAAGGUGAAAAUGGCUCAGAAAGAGGCUCAAGGGGUUGCAGAGAAGAGGAAAGGAAGGAGAGGACCUGGAAGCGUGAUAGGCUCCAGUGCAGCCGGUUGUGUUUGUGCAUUCUUAUCAAUUAAUGGUGUUGGUGGGGAGGCGUUUACUCGCCUCUGGGAGCUUGCAUUUGUAGCCAGUUUCUGUACCAAGUUGAGUGAUACUGUCUCGAGCGAGAUAGGAAAGGCAUAUGGUAGAACUACGUAUCUUGUCACCACAUUCAAGAUAGUGCCUCGGGGUACUGAAGGGGCUGUGAGUGCUGAGGGAACCUUAGCUGGGCUUCUUGCUUCAGUUCUCCUUGCUUUUGUUGGUUAUCUAAAGGGUCAGAUUAACGGACCUGGGGCUGCAAUAUGUGUAAUAGCCGCCCAGAUAGCAAACUUUGGUGAAAGUCUAAUAGGUGCUUCACUUCAAGAGAAAGAAGGAUUUCGUUGGCUCAACAAUGAUGUUGUCAACGUCAUCAACAUAUCCUUGGGAAGUAUCUUGGCCGUUCUAAUGCAGAAAAUUAUACUCCAAAGUUAGCUUACUUAAAUCUAUGCACAUACUUUUAGUAUGGAGCUUGAAUUGUCGCCUUUCAUUGCAUACAGUGUAGGUGGGACUUAAAGGUGGACAGAAUCAUCCGAUCUAGAAACAAAGAUUUGUUAGAAUAUUCAUGUUGUUAUAGUUGAGAAACAAUUCUGAUAAAUCACCCCUCAAAAUUACCUAAUUAUUCCAGUGGCAAAUAUAUUGUUUCCAAUAGUA